CAGCCGUCGCUCAUUCAGGAGCGGAGGCGUACCCACGCCACAUGGGACCUGCUAACACGCGGUCGGUUCUCGCGCGCUCGAUGCUGGCGUCCUCUCAACAGAGGGUUGAAAACCGCUUAGGUGACCGCGGCAGCUCAGUUUUCAGCAUCGGCGAACAUGCGACAAUUGACAUCCUGCUCGGCUCCUGCGCUGAGCGAUUCCAUUUACCGGUGAACGGAGCGAUCGGACUUUAUUCAUACGAUGGCACCUUACUCAAGGGCUCCUCUCGCGUCAGAAGCCUCGUCAAACCGAAUGAGACGAUUUAUCUCCAGAGGAAAGAGGACUGCGACGACUUCCUCUUCGGAUGUGAUUGGCUUCGAUGGGGUCUGCUGUGUUUCAUGAUCGCCAUCGCUGGAAUCAUCACAACAUCAUGUCUUUUCGCUCCUCUCAAGCACACCCAUCCUUUCGAAAUGGGAGUCGUCAUCGACGCCGGAUCGUCUCACUCUGAAGCAGUGAUCUUCCGGUGGCAUCAUCCGAAAAUAAACGGGACCGGUAAGGCCCUCGAAGAGGGUAGAGUGAAGAGCCACAAGGGGGGCAUAAGCUCUCUAACUCCCGAGGAAGUUUACGCGGAGUAUCGAGACAUGUUGAACAGAACCAAGAUGCUGAUCGCGAAUUAUACCGACGAAAGAGCCGUCCUCUACAUGUCGGCCACCGGAGGCAUGCGUCUUCUGAGGAUGCAGAACCCGGACCGAGCCAGCGCGAUCAUGGAGUCCGUGCGCGAGGCCAUGAAAGAAAGCGGUUUCAUAUUCGAAAUGGCUGAAAUAAGCGCCGGAGCUGACGAAGGCGCUCAGGCUUGGGUUUCGAUAAACCACAUCGAAGACCGACUCUCUUCGUACCAGCCUACGUUUGGCUCCCUCGACCUCGGUGGCGCAUCGACCCAAAUCACGGUUGAGGUAGAUAGGAAGGAGGAGGCGACGAGAUCUCUGAAACUGUACGGCAAAGAGCACUUCGUAUUCAGCAAGAGUUAUUUAUGCUUCGGGCUCGACCAAGCAUACCUCCGUUACGUGAUAACGCUGCUGAUCGAGAAUUCCGCUUUCGACAACCACAACUAUACGGUCGAAAGCCCCUGUCAUUGUGACGGUUUCACCGCCCAGAAGAAUCUAAGCCAGAUUCUAGGUCCAUGUGUCCACUCGGACCGUCUGCCGCCCCACAUCGAAGACGAGGAAGACAAGAUUAUCGUGAUCAAUGGCAAGUGGAAUGCCACGAGGUGUCGCGUAGUGACAGAUGAUAUCUUCGACGCGGGAACUUGUGGGAGACAUGAGUACAAGUACUGCUUCGAUGAGGUCAAUAUCACUCUGCCAAUGAAGAUGGACUACAUUGCCUUUUCGGGUUUUUCUUCACAACGAAUGAAGCUGGGGUCAGAAGUAGUGACGGAUUGACAGCACUUGAAUCAGCCGCAAACAACUUCUGUGAUCUACCCUACGACGCCUGGUUGGAAAAAUACUACGGCAAUAAAUCGGGGUAUGCAGACAAGGGUUGCUUCAAGAUCAACAUGGUUCGGACUAUGAUCGUCGACAAAUACUCAUUCACCGAGGAAGGCUAUCGAAGAAUUCUGUUCACUGAAAAUAUUGACGGACAAGGAGUUUCGUGGCCGAUGGGUCUCAUGUUGAACGCCACCAAUGCGCUUCCCGAAGAUGACGAGAGCCUCUGGGGAAUGCCUCUGGAGGCUUUCAUACCGCUUAUCAUUAUAUUCGUGUUGAUCCUUCUGGCAUCUUUCGUCUGCUUCCAUUAUCAUCGGAAAGCCGACCUGCAAAAAGUUCGAGGCCUCAUGUUCGCCUCGUCGAUCAGGGCCUCAUGAGCAAGGCAUGGGCUCGCUGAGAUCUCUAUCACCAAAUCCGAGUGAGGAGUUGUUGGAGCGAACGAGAUCGAGGACUCAAUGGAGCCUAAUAAACAAGAAGUGUGC